CAAAUGGAACGCACUCACAUUGUUCACAGGCCGUCGAGUUUGUCGUGUACGCUUUCGUGCUGACAGCAUCAUUCUAUCUUCCUUGGGCAUGUGAUGAGCGAUAAAGAUCGGAUGAUGCUUUAAGUACGGAAAGCGUACAAGACGAACUUGCACAGUAGGAAAAUGUACUCUGUCGAGCGACUUGUCGAACCUAAGAAGAUGGUUACCAAGUGGAAAUUCGGUUUAGCAUAUUGUAUAACUGAGAACGUAAAACUAGGCUUAUAAGAGAAAAGAGAAAUGUAUAAUAAAAAAUAAAGAACAGCACGAAACUCAAAAACGGCGAGUCAAGAGAUCAGUUUUCGAACGGUGCGGUUAAAGUGCGGUUUAACAGUAUAGGUGAGGUUCAUCUUUAGAUUUGCCAACUUUCGCACAAGAUGGCUAACAACUGCGACACAGUCGUGUAAAAAUUUCGGUAUCAUUAUAAAAAUACCGCACAACUGCUCUCCUCAAGUGUUGAAGCGCGAGAAUAAAAAAAAUUGCUUAUGAUGUUGCACGUGAGAGUCGUCCUAACCUACACGCGGUGACACGUGAGAAUUUCCGCUCGAAUGUAUAACCAGGUGCUGGAAGAUGUCGCGCGAAAAGCCGUGUCGGACUUGCACGGACUUUAAAACAUGGGCGAAACAACAGAAAGAAACCUAUGAAAAGGAGGUGCAGAAGGGCCAAGACCAGACAUCAGUCAGUGAUGCUCGACAGAAUUGUCCUUUAGACAAAGAUGAAUUGGGUUCAAAGACUUGGGCCUUUUUGCACACCAUGGCAGCAUACUAUCCCAGUCAACCCAGUAACAAACAAAUGGACGACAUGAAGAGCUUCUUCCACACGUUUUCUAAAUUCUACCCUUGUCACAUAUGUGCCGAGGAUCUGCAGAAACAAUUGAAACAUUCACCACCAGAGACCAGUUCGCAAGAAGAGCUAAGUCAAUGGCUAUGCCGUCUUCAUAAUGUAGUGAACAGAAAACUCAUGAAGCCAGAAUUCGAUUGCAAGCUAGUAAAUCAAAGAUGGAAGGAUGGUUGGCUCGAUGGCUCCUGUGACUAACAGUGUUAAGAAAUAGUUGUAAAAUGUGGGACCUGAAUAGAAUAUGUAUUAUUAAA